AAUCAUUGGAACUACAAAACAGAGCUGACUCCACUCACAAAUCUUGUCACUCCAAUGGCAAUACAUAUGGACUAGAUUCUCUCCUUAUACGUAGCUUAAUGAACUCCACAAGCUACUUUCACUCGUUGCUCUCAUAUAGGCCCCCCCCCCCCCCCCAACCAGAUUAAAUCAAUUCAUAAAAUUAUAUUAUCAAUCAAUAUUUUCUUCUCUCUUUCACCAAACUCUGUAUUCCUUCCCCAACAUGUGAAAAAGAGCAAAAACACAUUUAGAGAGAACUUUUUUCAAUUCUUCCUAAAAAUGAGCCAGUGUGUUCCUAGUUGGGAUGUUGAAGAAAAUCCAGAACCACCAAGAGUCACUCUUCGUUCCAACUCUAAUUCAACUAACCCUGAUGUUCCCAUGUUAGACUAUGAUGUUGCGGAACUAACAUGGGAAAAUGGACAAAUUUCGAUGCAUGGCUUAGGGUUACCGAGAGUUCCGGUUAAACACUCAACAAACGCAGCUACCACUCCUAACAAAGAUACAUGGGAGAAGCCUCGUGCUAGUGGCACGUUGGAGUCCAUAGUGAACCAAGCGACUACCAUACCACACCGCGGAAAAUCACCAUUUUUCGCCGGUGGUGGUAUGUAUGGUAACGUGUUAGUCCCAUGGCUUGACCCUCAAAGGGCCGCAGCCAUAUCUGCAACAACCAACGGUAUGACUAUGGAUGCGUUGGUGCCAUGCUCCAAUCCCACAAAGGAGCAGAGAAUCCAAACAAUGGAUUCAAUCUCCAGAGUAGGGAUUGGAACGUAUAUGGUUGGUGGUCCCACACCAGUGGGGUCUUGUAGCGCUGCCCCCGCCGCAACGCAGGAAGAAGGGGCCCUGGUUGUUGCGGCUGCGGUAAAGCGUGGAAGGGUAGCGCAUGUAGUGGGGAGUGGGAGGGGUCAGAGUGUGAGUGGUAGUGGGACGUUUGGGAGACAAAGUGAACAAGUGACACUAGACACGUACGAGAGGGAAUUUGGUAUGGGUGGUUUUACUUCGACUUCAAUAGCGUCUUUGGAUAACACUAGCUCCGAAAAACAGUGCACAAAGACCACCGUUGACGACCAUGAUUCUGUUUGCCAUAGUAGACCAACGAUGGAGGAUGCUGACGUGGAUGCUAAAAAAAGAGAAAAUCGAAAAUCAUCCGUUUCCACUAAAAGGAGCAGAGCUGCAGCUAUACACAAUCAAUCUGAAAGAAAAAGGAGGGAUAAGAUAAACCAAAGAAUGAAGACAUUGCAAAAGUUGGUCCCAAAUUCCAAUAAGACUGAUAAAGCUUCAAUGUUGGAUGAGGUGAUAGAAUAUCUGAAAAAUUUGCAAGCACAAGUGCAAAUAGUGAAUAGAUUCAACAUGUCGUCGAUGAUGAUGCCAAUGAACAUGCAGCAACAACUUCAAAUGUCGAUCAUGAAUCAAAUGGGUAUGGGAAUGGGGAUGGGAAUGACUGGGAUGCCUAUGGGUAUAGGAAUGGGGAUGGGAAUGGAUAUGAAUACCAUGAAUCGAGCUAAUAUACCUAACAUACCUGGAAUGCCUCCUGUCCUUCACCCUUCUGCAUUCAUGCCUAUGGCUUCAUGGGAUGUAGGCGGCAGCUGCGACCGGCUUCAAGGGCCUCCGGGAGCCACCGGGAUGACUGACCCACUCUCCACACUUCUUGGAUGCCAAUCGCAGCCCAUGAGCAUGGACGCCUAUAGUAGGAUUGCUGCCAUGUGUCAGCAGAUGCAACAACCUCAAGGUCCGGGUCCUAAGAGCUGAGCUGUGCAUGCCUAGUGUUCUACCGUUUUGUUGACUGCAACAAGAUUUUAUAUAUAAUUUAAUUUUUGAGAGAAACUAAACAUGUAUAUUAAUUAAAGCUCCAAAGCAAGUUAUGAGAAUAAAUAUACUGCCUUAUCUUGGGGUUAACAACUUUUACAUUAACAUUAAAUUAAAUCUCUUGCUUUGUUAUUUUA